AAAGAUUUCAUAUUUUGGUCUCGUUGAUGCUAUCAAGCCAAACCAAAGAUCAUGUGACCUUUGCUGCCAUGUCACGGCUCAUUGAACAUGGGCUGACCAUCGAUUACAUCAUUGGAACAUCAGACGAAAAACUUGGGAGCUUAAUUUAUCCCGUUGGGUUUUGGAAGAAAAAGGUUGGGUACUUGAAACGGGCGUGCAUUAUGAUGAAAGAAGAAUUUGGUGGGGACAUCCCAAAGUGUGUGGAAUCAUUAGUGAAGCUACCUGGAGUGGGACCAAAGAUGGCGUACCUCACAAUGACUUGCGCAUGGGGUAUUGUUGUCGGGAUAGGCGUGGACGUUCAUGUUCAUCGAGUUUGCAACAGACUGGGUUGGGUUCAAGGAACAAAACAACCAGAACAAACCAGGUUGCAGCUCCAACAAUGGUUGCCGAGGGAGAACUGGAGGGAAAUAAAUUCUCUGCUUGUUGGGUUCGGACAACAAGUGUGUCUCCCUGUCGCCCCCAAGUGUCAAGAAUGCUUAAACAAAAACAUUUGUCCGUCAGCGCGAUGAUAUUGGGUAUUAUGACCUCACAAGUUGAUGAUUCUACAGUUUAUUAUUACAGUGAGAACAAUGACAGUGAAUUACAACUACCUUGAUUAGGAAUGUACAGUGAGCACCUCAUGGUACCAGCGAUUAAAAUGCAAUAUAUACAAA